GGUGAGAUGUGUUUCCUCUGCAUACCUGAAUGCAGUAUCUUUGAAAGAUUAUUAGGAACCAGUUCAGGCAUUGGCUCUAUGGUCAGAUGCAAAACAUGCAGCAUGGCCAAUCAGUUCUCAGUUAGUCACUGCAGCAGCUGGCAGCACGGUGACUUGUGUCUUUAGGGUAUAAGUAAAAAGGGCAGUGAACGAUCUCUUGAUAAAUGAUCAUCAAGAUCUAAUUAAACUAUAUUCAAAUUUUGUGUACCUCUCUAAGGAUGCACUGAUGGCCAACACAGGGCACUGACACUGUACACAGACAAAUUAAAUGUGUAUGCUCAUAUGCAUACACUCUGUAAGGAUGGAAAUGUAUGGCUGCUUUUAUAUAAAAGUGCCAUUAUCAGAUUGAAAAUCGUCACAUGUCUAAGGAACACACUCAAGUGGGACUAACCAUUGACAGUAGCCUAUUUAUAGGGACUAACAGCAAUUAGCUCAAUAUUGGGUUGUGAACUCCCCCUGGUGGAUAUUUGGAGUUAUGUACAGAUUACCUCAUUUGAAGACAGUGUUUACUGUACGAGCUGUGCCUGUUCCUGCUGUUGGUCCGCAAAGACCACACACCACACUAGAUAGGAAAAGUAGGACUUGAAGCAGCAUUAACCUUCUGUAAAACAAAAAUGUCUGUAAACUUUGUUUUGUAUUUGUUUACCCAAUGACAGCUGUAGAUGACCACCAAGUGUAAUUUUACCGCAUACAUUGCCGCCUGCCACAGUUUGUUUUUUAUUUCACUGGGGGCCCACCAAAGUUGGAAAUGUUAAAAUAAUGUAGUCAGACAUAGUAGCUUUUACACACAAUGAUUAAACUCAUGUGCAUUUUGCGUGGUGGAAAAUAUGUAAUAAUAUAUAUUAUGUUCUAUUAUAAUAUCAUAUCAUAAAAUCCAGCCUUUACAGUUUUAUUUGGCUAAUUCUGAUGAGAGAUAGGCAGGGACCAGGAAGUCGAAGUUGAAAUUAACAGGGUGCUUUUGAACGCAACGCUGAUUUGCCCCUCACGGUACGGCGCUCGCGCUCUGACAAUUAGCCUAGCUAGCCUAGCAAGUAAUUGCUGUGGCUAACAGAAAAGCGUUGACAGGCUGAUAUCUGUAAGCUAGCAGCUUCGUUGUCGUCAAAAAUGUUUGUGGAAGACGUCCAGUUCCUGAAUGUCCUCAAGGGAAAACGUAUCAAACUGACCCUUAAGACUUCAUCUUACCUCGGCGUCGUCCAACGUAUCAACCCCAACAAAACCUUGAUCUUGGCAGACGUUGUUAGUGGCAGUAAUGGCUGUAAAUAUCCUGGUUCAAAACUGUUCUACGGCCACGAUAUUCUGAAUGUGGAAUUUACCAAUGAGGAAAAGGCUGACAGUGGAAAUAUUCAUGACCACAGACUUGAAGAGCACUUGAAUGUGAAAAAAUUUCAGCCAUACAGGAAGACACUCACAUUGGCAGAUCAUGAGGAAGAUGACGAGGAGUAUAUCAACUUUGUGGUCAUUGAUGAGUUUCAUGAGAAGUUUGGACCUGCUGUGAUGCACAUCAAGAAGCAGCAUGUGAUUGGCGUGGGAGCUGAUGGAGUUGAGGUGUUUAAGCAUGGGAGACUGUGUUGGCUGCAGAUUGCCACUAAAAACAAGGUAUACCUAUUUGAUAUCCUGUUGCUUGGAGCCCGGGCUUUUAAGAAUGGUCUUUCCAUGAUCCUGGAAAAUAAGCACAUACUAAAGGUCAUUCAUGACUGCAGAGCCAUUUCUGGGUGUUUGAUUGCUCAGUUUGGAGUGAAGCUAACCAACGUCUUUGACACACAGGUGGCAGAUGUCAUGUGCUUCUACUCGGAGACAGGAGGUUUCCUUCCCGACAGAGUCAGCACUCUGCAGGAGGUGGUGAGUCUCCAUCUCAAGGUGCCCUCCUCCCAGCUCUUAUCCCUUCAGAUGAAGUCACAGCUCACCAAGGAAGAAAGGGAGAUGUGGCAGAAGCGGCCCUGUCCUGUACCCCUACUUAAGGUGAUGGCUCUGUCAGUGAUCCACCUUCAGCCCCUCAGGCUGGUGCUGCUGGAUACUCUUAUGACGGACUACGUGGCCGUGGUGGAUUCAUACCUCAGCAGCACCCACUACGAACCUGAUGAACUGGAACAUGUCAACAUGGAGAGUGUGUUGGACUUGCCCAGAGAGCUCAAGCAGCUGGAGCAAAUGCGUCAUGAUCGGCAGGAGUGGGCUGCCGAGCACUACCCUGUCACAGAGCAAGGUCUGCUGGCUCGCUUCAAUCCCCAAAGCCAGUCUCCACCCCAGACUUCAACUGCAGCACAGGAACAUUGCCAGACACAGGCAGAUUCCUCAGAACCUGCACCUGCCUCAACACAAGUAGACCUUCCCCCUCACAAGCCACCUAUGGGGCCUCCAAGAGACACCAUUGUCUCAUCUGUGGAUGUCCAAGCCUCUCCUGACCCAGCAGCCCAGGCUCAAGUUACAGCCGUUGUGUCAGACCUCAGGGCAGAAAUGUCAGUUAGCAGUCCCCCGUCUGUAGGUGUGGGAAGAGGGCGCACAGAGGCACCGAUUUGCACAAUGGGUAGAGGAAGGUCCUUUGGGAAAGAGCAGUCAUCUGUCCUGGCCUUACCUUCUACAGGAAGAGGCUUUCUUCUCCAGAUAACACAAGCUCAGAUCCCCAGAGAGAGCACGCCUGGUAGGAUGGAGACGGCUCCUUCGUGCUCCAACCAUCCACUUUCCCAGGCAGUGAUGCCCCAGCCCCAGCCCCAGCCUGGCCCCAGUGCUGAUGACCUGCCAAAGGACACUUCAGGCCUGAGAGGAGACAAUUUUACACCCACAACCCAGUCCCCCUUCGCUUCCCUCAGGCAGUCAUUUAGUUCUUUCAGAUAUUAAAGGAAGUGUUACAAAGCCAUAUAAGGUCAUGUCUUCCAAAUGUUUGCUGUUCCAUUCUUUGUGAUUUCCUAGUGUGACCAGUAGAUGGCAGUAAAUAUUCUGUUAUGUGCUAAGGUUUGUUUGAUACCAGGUCUUUUAUGUUGGGGAGAUAAAAGAAGAGAAAAAAUAUUUUGUAUUUUGGACAUUUCAUGCCAGUUUAGUUAAAUAUAUUUGUGAUAAAACGUA